AUGUCGAUUCUAACCAACAUUUUCCAUCGAGACUCGGAUUCCUCUGAGCUAUCCAUUUCAGAUCAUUCAGACUGCAGUGUGCAAUAUGACUUGGCACCUGCUUCAAUCGAACCUCGUAUCGGCACUCUUCACACCCAUCUAAUUUCGCAUGCACCUUCUAGAUCCAUUACAAUCCAUGAGGACACUGCUGGUGGUUGUGGUGGAAGAACUUGGCCUGCUGCUACCAUUCUUUCAAACUAUAUCUCGCACCGUCGACUAUUAGGAACAUUUCCUUAUUCUCGUAUUAUUGAACUGGGUGCUGGCACUGGACUGGUCAGUCUAACUGUGGCCGUUCUUCCAAAUGAGCAAAGUGUGUUGCGCUCGAGCGAGCUUGCCCCAACUGCUCCAGUAUCCAUCACCAUUACUGAUCUUGAAGAGUUUGUCCCAUUGAUUAGUUUUAAUGCAAAACUUAAUCUUACUGAACAGGAACUGAAAACCAUCUCCAUCGAAACAUGUCGCUGGGGAGAUCCUCUUUCUCAGCAUAUCAAAGCAGCUUUUCCAUUUGAUCUGAUUCUAGUUGCUGACUGUGUAUAUCUCGAGGCUGCCUUUGACCCGCUGAUAAAAACUCUGACUGAUUUGAGCACUCGGUCCACUGAGAUCUGGAUCGCAUUUAAAAAACGACGAUCUGCUGAUCGACACUUUUGGACUCGACUAGCCAAGACAUUUCAUGUAGAGCCAAUAACAGAUGAUCCUAAUCAUCACGAUUACUCUCGCAAAAGGCUUUUCCUAUAUAAAGCGAUGCUAAAGUCUCCUUUUACAAAAAAUACUGUAGCAUCUACAAAAACAGUCCAAGCUUUGAGUUAA